AUGGAUACAAACAAAUCCAUGCCGCUGUGGCUGGAUUGGGCAGUCAGAGAUGCUGCAACAUGCGAGGAGGCGAAGGGCUCUGAUAAUUAUGCAUGCCGAAGUCAAAACAGUGUGUGCAGCAAGGCCAGGAGUGGUGCAGGCUACCUUUGUACUUGCUCACAAGGAUACCAAGGCAACCCCUAUCUUGUCGAUGGAUGCCAAGAUAUCGAUGAGUGUAAGCUACCGGAGAAGUAUCCUUGCUAUGGAGUCUGCAGUAAUCUCCCAGGAAGCUACCAUUGCACGUGCCCACCUGGCAAGCGUGGUGACCCAUUUAAUGGACCAUGUGUCCUCAGCAGCCUAUUUGUUACGAAGAUUGUCAUAGGUGUCUCUUCUGCCUUGUUCGCGACGCUGGCUCUCAUUUCUGCAAUGCUUAUAACACGUUCAAAGAGGAGGCACGCAAGGGAAAAGGAGAAGCUUUUGAAAGAGAUAUCGAACGGGAGGAUACUGUCAAUGCAAAUGGACACAUUGACUGUGUUUACACUGCAAGAUCUACAGCGGACAACGGACAACAUCCACUACAGCAGAGUACUUGGACGCGGAGGCCACGGUGUGGUUUACAGAGGAGUUCUGGAGGACCGACGAGAGGUGGCUAUCAAGAAGACUCUGCUGACCAUCGAGGCGCAGAAUGGAGAAGCCAUGGAGGUACGACAGAAGGAGUUCUUGAACGAGUUAAAGAUUCUGACACAGAUCAACCACAGGAACGUGGUGAGACUCUUUGGAUGUUGUUUGGAGGAGAAGAUUCCAUUGCUGGUCUAUGAAUUCGUUCCCAACGGCACCCUCUCCCACUUCAUUCAUAAAAGAGAUCCUAAUCCAUCGGUCCCCUUGGACGUUGUUCUCAAGAUCGUAGUGGAAUCCGCAGAAGCGCUUGCUUAUUUGCAUUCAUCAACAUCUCGUGCAAUCAUUCACGGGGACGUGAAGCCCAGCAACAUACUCCUGGAUGACAAAUUGAUGGCGAAAGUCUUUGGAGUCGUCCUCCUGGAGCUAGUCACCGGGAAGAAGGCAGUCUUGGAUGAUGCUUCAGGUGUGCGCGAGUUGGCAUCGAUGAGCAGGGAGGAGCUUCUUCAUAUUUUGGAUAAGCAGUUUGUGCGUAAAGGAGGAAUGGUUUUGCUGGAGAAGGUCGUCGAGCUUGCACUUCAGUGUCUUCGUCGUCGAAGGGAUGAGAGACCAGACAUGAAGCGGGUGGCGGAGAAGCUACGGAAGUUUAUACGAAUCCGGCAGCAACAGAGGGGAGAACUUUACACUGAUGAAAUAGACACAGGGUAUCUUAUACCGGAUUCUUCUAUCUACCACAGUUUCGAUAGAACACUGAUGCAAGGGAUGGGAUCUCGAAGACCUAGUCCUGUUUAG